UCAUGCAGGCCGAUAUUUAUCGCACACGCACACACAGAUGCGCGCGCGUGCACCUCCCUUUCCUAAUAGAGGUAACAGAAGCUCUGUAUGCAAAUAAGAAAGGGGGCGGAGCACCGGCAUAUCCACGCGCGCGCGACUCGAUUCGGCACCCGCCUGUCUGUGGACGGCAUCUGGACGAGGCACUUAGCAACCGGGCCGGUGGAUCAACGCGAGGGCGUAAACAAGUGACUUUUUAACAAACUUCGUUUGAUCAGCGCAGUGCUAGGCUGGUUUGCUUGGUGUGUGUGUGCGUGCGUGUGUGUGCGUGCGUGUGUGUGCGUGCGUGUGUGUGCGUGUGUGUGAAGGCAUGGCGGAGAGAAAAAGCGUCUGAAUGAACGGAGAUUUCCGACAUGCCCGAGGAUGAUGCGCUCAUUAGAAACCGGACAGAAGCGGUGCAGGGUCGCGCGUGGGGCGCCGAGGUGGCAGCCGCAGGCACGCGACCGGGACCGGCACCGGGACCGACAUGGCAAGUGGCUGUGCUCGCGAGCGUGUUGAUUUUCACUAGCGUGGUGGACGUGUUGGGAAACGCGCUGGUCAUCGUGUCAGUGCUCAGGAACCGAAAACUGAGGAACGCAGGUAAUGCGUUUGUGGUGAGCCUGGCAUUGGCAGAUCUGCUGGUGGUGUGUUACCCGUACCCGCUGGUCCUUCAUGCUCUGCUGCACUCUGGCUGGCUGCCUGGUGAGACAGAGUGUAAAAUUAGUGGCUUUAUUAUGGGCGCCAGCGUCAUUGGAUCUGUCUUCAACAUCACAGCUAUCGCCCUCAACCGCUACUGCUUUAUCUGCCAUGCCCGCACUUAUAUCAAAGUGUACAGCAGCCGUGGAACGCUAGCUCUAAUCACACUGGUGUGGGCUCUAACGGGCUUUGCAAUACUGCCCAAUCUCGCACUGGGGUCGCUGACCUACGAUCCUCGUGUGUAUUCUUGCACUUUUAGCCAAACUGCAAGCGCCAGUUACACCUUUGCUGUAGUUUUUGUUCACUUCCUGUUUCCCAUUGGUAUUGUAACAUUCUGCUAUGCACGAAUUUGGAUUCUAGUGCUGAACGUGAGGCGCCGAGUGGCUAGCGACACGAGGCCCCGGCUCCGGCCAAGUGAGCUCCGCCAUUUCCUUACCAUGUUCGUCGUUUUUGUGCUGUUCGCCAUCUGCUGGGCACCGCUCAAUCUGAUCGGCCUAGCUGUCGCCGUGGACCCACCCAGAGUGGCACCGCUGGUUCCUGAUUGGCUCUUUGUGGUGAGUUAUUUUAUGGCAUAUUUCAACUCGUGCCUCAACGCCAUUGUAUACGGGCUGCUCAAUCAGAACUUUCGGCGCGAGUACCGCUGCAUCCUGAUGUCAAUCUGCAAGCCCCGCCUCUUUCUGCAGGAAACGUCAAGGGGUGGAACAGAACGAAGUAACAAGCAAUCGCAGGUUAACAACAACAACGAGCAAGCAAAAGGAGAGACUACUUAAUAAUUCAGGAAUAUCAGUACAAAUCCAUACAACCUCCAGUACACAAACCUAGCUAAAGCAAAUCAGCAAUGCCGAGCCAAUUUCUAAAUAAACUCGCCUCAGUGAAAGAAGAAGCUGCAAUAGCUUCAAACUUUCUUAUGCUAAUGUUUUGCAAAUGAUUCUAUUCACUGCUAAAGAAAUAUUACACACCAAGCCAAAACCAAAAGUUCAGAACAGACAGAAUUGAAGUAGCUCAACGGAUUGAGAAUUUAUCUAAAUUUCAGCUAAGAGAAUUGAACUUGCCACGGAAAAACUCGUAUUUAAAGAUAUCAGGAUCUGUUGAUCUUUUAGUAAAGGAGUAUAAGAGAUAAAUCACCAAUAAUAAUUACACCCCUGGUGCAGUGUUUUAGUCCUUCAUUAACCAACAAAAGAGCAUCAUCAGUGCUACACUAACAAGGAACAAUAUUAGCUAAAACUCCCUAGCAUUCAUUCCACCGAUCAAAGUUCUAGGCAGUUUUAACUCCAAUCCUUUAACUUUACAGAUCGAAAAUAUCCUUCUAAUCCAACAAACCAAUAUAAAAUAACUUCACAUCAGGUCUCUAGCUGCAAAAUUCUACUUAACAGUAACUCAUUGCUUUCGCCAAAAUGGAAACUGAGAGAAAAGGUGAAGGCUUUUGCAGUAACUACCAAAUAAAAACACGAACAAAAAUGUCUCAACCAAAAGCAAUCAGCCAUUCUGAAAGUUAGCAGCACUGUCUGCUAACAGGACAUAUAAAAUGCUUCGUUAGCAUCGCACAAUCGAUUUAAUUCAUCUGAUUUUGGCUUAUGAGUCUUUCACUUCCAGGCACAUUUUAAAGCGAAAGACCAGUUGUUGUUUUUCGAGGAAAAGAAACAGGAACGUGAGCCAACCGUAGAGUUUUUUUUCCCCCCAACUCUACAUUACAGAUGUCAUUUUUCUACAGCAGCUGCACUUUACAGGCCAAACAUGACUCUUAAAAGCCUCCAUUUUAUGAACAUUUUCAUGUCACAACCUUUUACCUGUUACUGUUUGCGCAGUAACUAAAGUUUAAGAACUUAAAAACUACAUUAAUCACAUCGAGUCCCAACGUUUCCAAUUAUUGUUGUUGCUUUGUUGGGUGUGAACGCUACAGCAAUGGAUCUCCAGGCACGACGCAUUCAUUUUUAACAAGCUCAGUUGCUGGAACAUCUAUAACCCUCUUAUACAGCAUCAGAAAUAUAGUGCAACUCAAUGCUGCGGAUGGUACAACAGUUUGGGACAACUAAUAUAACUGUGACCAUUUUAAGUCGCUCGGUUGAUAGAGAUUUUUUUUAAAGUUAAUCGAUCGUUUGAAGCCUUUCAGAAUAAACAUCUUAGCUAAGUGAAAUGAACUCGAAAACAAGUUAAUUUCUGCUAGAAUCUGCUACUUUAUUUUGCCCUAAUGGUGAGGGAAUUGUCUUGUAGGGAAAUACAAUCUUGGCACUGCUUUUAACAAUUUUAAAAUUCAAAUUAUAUUCACCCCAGGGAUCCAAUCAUUUUUUAUGACUUCUGCAGCAUUAGCACUUGGGUUUGUGAGUAAGUGAAAUUCAGAUGGUGUACUGUAUUAGCAUUCGUUCCACACAGAGCCCUUUCAUAUUUCCUAGCUGAAUUUCUGUCCGAGCUGAACUCGGCAUCCACCCUGCAUUAGCACCGAUCCAGUAACGUUUGCUCAAAAUUUCCUAGCUAGCAAGAAAUCCUAUUGCUUACCGCUUAUUUUUGCGGAAACCUCAAAAUCCAAGUUUAGAUGAUGACUGGAUAUAUCAGACGGCGCAUUAGACUGUGAGUCACAGAAGAAAAAGUGGUCAAUUCUGCUCAUCAUCAUUGCACACAAAACUUUCUUAGCCAUAAACAAAUAGCAAAAAGUAGAAGUAAAAGAUUAAUAUGCUAUUAAACUAAAUUUGAAAUUUCAUUCAUCUGACACUUUUGAUUUAAAAUGUCUAUAACUUCUGUUUAUAUGUGUGUGUGUGUCGUGUGUGUGCGUGUCACGUGUGUUAGAAAAGACAUUAAACUGUGAGCUCUCAACUCUUUGUAAAUGUGCCUGAUGUUAAAAAGCCUCAAACACAUCACAUUUGCAAACCAAAUUCCAUAAAUGCCUCAAAUUUACAAAAUUACAUGUAUUUCAUAUAUUCAAGCCUCAAAGUCAAACCAGUUAAACUGUGUUAAAACCUUCACAACAGUGCGGUCGAUGUU